AUGUCCAACCCAAUCCCCAACUUGCAAUUGCCGCCGCAGCCCGAGUAUAAGCACUUCCGCAACCUGAGUCCUGAUGCCUCAGGGCAACUUCAGGGAUCGCCGGGCUACGGACAUCCUCAGGGCUAUCUGCGGAUGCAAACUUAUCCCCAGGGGCAACCUCAGGUCCAAGGCUACCAGGGUCAAAGCUACCCACCAGGCCACCCUCAGAGCCAUCCCCAGGGGCAGUAUUCACAGGGAUAUCAAGAGCACCCCCAACUCCAGUAUCCUCAGACCCAACCGCAACACCCUCAGGCCCAACCAUACUCUCAGGGCUAUUCUCCGGCUCUCCAGUCGCCGAUCCACCCUAGCCAUCCUGUGAGAGGAAACUUCUCAAGUCAGGCGCCUGUCACAGGCCAAACACGCAGAAAACCUCCGCCGGAAGCGAACCAGACGCGUCAGCCACAAAUGGCCCCCCACGAACAACCACAUCAGGAGUCCGUAUCUCAGUCUACGCCCCUGUAUGGCCAGCUUGCACAGCUGCCGAAUUUGCAGUACGAGCAAAACAGACCCGUACCACAGAUCCAGCGGCUCCCGCUGCAGCUGCGGCCUCUGACCCAGCCUCUGGCCCCACCUCCGCCUCUGACCCCGCUGCAGCUGCGCCGAACGGUGCCCGUCCCUCCCCACCUCUACACGUCUUUGCGCCCGGCGCCGCAGACCAACCGCUUCUCUGAGCCCAGCUCGCCGCGCCGCGUCCAGAGUGAAAGCAUGAUCCGCUUGGACAAGGGCCAUCCCGCCGCAGGCUCACCGCAUGGCUCGCCGCAGAAGCGGCCAGUGCGUGCAGUCUCGUCGACUUCCCUCGCGACGUCGCGUGUGGGCUCGCUCACGUCACGCAGCUACACCACCCUCGCCAAGGCCAAUACCAAGCGGACCAACUCAUUGCAGCUGUUGUCCCAGCAGCAGGUUCAGCGCAACUUCCUGAUAACAUCGCAGCGCACUGUCAUCACGUCCUCGCGAUUCCCGUCGGUAUACCCCGCGCUCCUCUCCAAGGUGUCCGUGAUGUUCCGCAACCUGAUCGAGACGGGCACGCGCACUAAAAAUGGGUUGGAGUAUAACGACGCGUUCACGGGCCGCGAGGCGGUGGAUAUGAUUGCCGCCAUUAUCCGUACUACGGAUCGCAACUUGGCGCUCUUGCUCGGACGCGCGUUGGACGCGCAGAACUUCAUGCGCGACGUGACGUACGAGCAUCGAUUAAGAGACUCCUCGGUAGAGGUGUACCAAUUUGUGGAUAUCGUUGUGGACUCCAUCGAUGAGGAACACACGGGUGCGAGCUCAAAUAUCUACUCGAGCCACAUGAGCUCGAGUGCAAGCCUCGGCAUGAGUGCGAUAACGCUCACGAGUACAAACACCCUCGUCGACGAUGGCUACUCUUUCCUCGCCAACACUCGCGACUCCCACCAGCUCAACCGUCAACAAUCGCAGAUGUCGCUUGCAGGCUCGCAGCCUACCGGCCAGGCGCCCGUCCCCGUCAAUGGGGUCUUCACGUUGCUUUCGAACUGUUAUUCGGCCACGUGCACGCGCGACCGGCUCUGUUACUCGAUCGCGUGCCCACGGCGACUCGAGCAGCAGGCACGGCUCAACAUGCAGCCACAGGGUGGGCUCCGGCGCUCGGACUCGCGGGUUUCGCUCAACGGCGAUGACGGAAUCCAGAAGGAGCUCUGGUCAUAUUCGGUUCCACCACUGGUGCGCGAGAGUGUGACAAAGGAAGAGCAGAAGCGCCAGGAAGUUAUCUUCGAGAUCAUGAGUAAUGAGCGUGACUUUGUACGUGACAUGGAGUACCUCCGGGACUUCUGGCUCGUGCCGUUGCGCACGACGACGAUUAUUCCCGAAAAGGAGCGUGACCGGUUUAUCCGUGUCGUCUUUGCGGGCAUCACGGAUAUCCUUGCGGUGAACUUCAAAUUCGCGGAGGCGCUCACAAAGCGCCAGAAGAAACAGUACAUCGUGGAAGAGAUUGGUGACAUCAUGGCGGAGUUCAUUCCCAAGUUUGAGGUCUUUCUCCCCUGCUGUGCGGGGCAGGUCUUUUCCAAGUACGAGUUCGAGCGCCAGACGUCGAUUAACCCGCUCUUUGCAAAAUUUGUGCGCGAAACGCAGAAUCUCGACGCAUCGCGCAACCAUGAGUUCAUCUCGUUUCUCUCGAAGGCGUUUAAUCGUCCUGGUCGUUACUACUUGCUUCUCCAGACGUUGCAGAAGACGACGCAGGAGGAAUCGGCUGAUUAUAAAAACGUCGACAAAGCUUUGAAGAUGAUGCAGGCGUUGUGUAACAAGAUCAACUCCGAAGCGGGGAUCUCGCACGAUCGUUUUAACAUCUCCUUGUUGCGCCAUAAAUUCAAGAUCAAUGAGAAUGACAUUGAAGAGCUUUCGGAGUUGCGAUUGAAGUCGGAGGACCGGACGAUCAUCCAGCAAAUCUCGCUCAAGCGGCGGACUCAGGACAAGGACAACAGGGACAUCCAGGUGUACCUUCUCGACAAUGCAGUGUUGUUCAUGAAGCAUAAGAUUGUGAACAAAAAGGAGUUAAACAAGGUAUUCCACCGGCCGAUUCCGUUGCCGUUGCUCUACUGUUCGGGGUAUGAAGAUGAUCGGCCGAGCGACCGCUUCUUGGUGAGUACCGCCGCGCGUGACAGCGCGCUAUUCGCGAAUAAAACCUUGCCCAAGUACGAUUCGAAGUAUCCGAUUACGUUCAUGCUCUUCGGGCACAAGGGUUUCAGUUUCACGCUCUAUAACACGACUGCCUCUAACAAAGGUCUCAUCAAGAACAUCUACGACCAGCAGAUGGCACUCGUUGCCCAGAACGACAUCUUCACGGUAUCGGAGGUCUCCAACCGCUUCUUCGGCUAUAACGGCCGCACGAAGCUCAAUUGCGCAACCCCCUGCGACGGUGGUACCAAGCUCCUCUUCGGGACCGACGAUGGAAUCUACGUAUCGCAGGUACGAGAGAUUUCCAAAAGCAGUCGUGAGCGGGUUGUGUCUAACCCGAUCAAGAUUCUCGACCGCAACUAUGUCACUCAGCUCCUGGUCUUGAACGAGUACGCGCAGAUUGUUGCGCUUUGCGAUAAGAGGAUUGUGUUGUUCAGCUUGGAUGUGCUUCAGUCGCUCGAUGUGGCCAAGAACACGCGUGGCGGCCGCGAGUUGAUGACCCACUGCGCCUUCUUUAAGAGCGACAUCUGCAACGGAAACUUGUUGAUCUGCGCGGUCAAGAGCGGAUCGGCGCAGAGCAUGCGGGUAUUCGAGUCUGGCUCUGGGUUGAAGAAGAACCAGCGGCCGUUUGCCGAGUUCAAGGACUACAGUUUCACGUCAGACCCUGUGUCCAUCUCGUUUUUGCGCAAGCAGUUGAUCGUGGGGUGUACUGACGGCUUUGAGAUCAUAUCCUUGGGGUCGCAGCAGCGCGAGCCGUUGCUCGACGAGGCAGACACCUCGUUGGUCAAAGUGUUUGACCGCGGGGCCAAGAAAGAGUUGCGGCCGCUUUCCGUGCAUCGAAUCCAUAACGAGUUUUUGUUGAACUGCGCGGAGUUUUCGUUUUACAUUAACAAGAACGGAUGGAAGUCAAAGGGAAAGUGGAAUAUCAAGUGGGAGGGCGAGCCCCAGGCAUUUGCCUUGGAGUACCCGUACUUAAUCGCGUUUGACGCGUCUUUUAUCGAGGUGAGGCAUUGCGAGACGGGCGAGUUGUUGCGAGCGAUUAUCGGAGAGAAUAUCCGUUUUUUGAACUACAGUUACCAGGAGGUGUUGUAUUCGUAUGAGAAGGACGGAAGCGACGUGGUGGCCAGAAUUGAUUUUGGGGGGACAAAAAAGAUUGAGUCCAUUAGAGAGUAGGACUGAGAUUUAUCACUAUCCUAAAGUUAACGCACCCUCUUCUACUCCAUGGCUAUGUUUCUGCUCUUGGCUAUGUAUUUUCUAAUAAAGUAUCGUAUUACAGAUAAAUUUCGAAGCAAUAU